AUGUUCGCUACCCAACCUCUCACAUCUCCUCUGGUAGCCCAUUAUGCCCUCUGUUCUUUUCGUCUUUACCUCUGCCAACAAGACUUUGACCGGCGCUCAAACCGGAUGGUACCUCCCGGAAGCCGCUCACCCGUAUUACGUUCUCCACGAGAAAUCAAGAUCGAUUUUGCUGCCCCCAACGGACCGAACCCUGAAGUUGACGAAGGCUCGGUCGAGAUGUUCAAGGACGACGAGAGCGUCAAGUUCUUGCAAGACCCAGAGCUCUCGGACGUGAACCCCGCGGAAUACGAUGCUAUUUUCUACGUCGGAGGCCACGGUCCCAUGAUCGACUUGCCCGAAGACCCCAACAACAUCAAGCUUGCCAACGCAUUUUACCAGUCUGGAAAGAUCACGUCUGCUGUUUGUCACGGUCCAGGUGCUCUCGUGGGUGUAACGGAUGCAUCUGGAAAGAGCAUCUUUGAUGGGCGCAACGCAACUGGAUUCUCAGAUGCUGAAGAGGAACAGGUCGGCAAGGUCAAGGACGUGCCUUUCCUCCUUGAGACCCGUAUCAAGGAGCUCGGUGGCAAGUACACCAAAGCAGAGCAAGCUUGGGGUCCCAAGGUUGUCGUUGACGGACAUGUUAUUACUGGACAGAACCCAGCUAGCGCUGCGGGUGUGGGGAAGGCCAUCCUUGAGGCACUGAGCGCAUAA